UCAUACCUUAUCUCUUACAUAUAACUUACACUGCUUUACAUGGUUUCUAAAAUAAUAGGCGGGGGAAAUGUCUACGUUUUUCUAUUGUUAUGUGAGUUUUUCCUUACUUGCCGCUGUUCACACUUUUGUUGUUUCGGUCGGAGUUCCAAUUAUACAGACAAAGUAUGGAGAAAUUCAUGGACAGUUAGUGACAGUAAACUACGAAGGUAAAAAUGUCGAAAUUAGGAAGUUUUUAGGAAUUCCUUAUGCAAAAGCACCGGUUGGUGAUCGACGAUUUCGGAAACCGGAAAUGAUGAACGCACUUCCUGUGACGCCUUUUAUGGCAACUAAUUUUGGACCUAUUUGCCCUCAGCCAAACGUUGCUAUGUUUGGUCUGACCACAUCGGAAGAUUGUCUUUUUCUAAAUAUAUACGCGCCAAUGAUGUCAUCGUCGACCGUGUUAAAACCUGUAAUGGUAUAUAUUCAUGGCGGCGGGUUCGAUCUAGGAUUUUCAGACAUUUAUGACGGUAGUAUCAUCGGCGCCUAUGCUGAUGUUAUAGUGGUUGCGAUGAAUUACCGCAUUGGUCCUUUAGGAUUUCUGUCAACCAAAGAUGCCGAAGCUCCGGGAAAUUUCGGAUUGUGGGACCAGCGUUUAGCUAUAGAAUGGGUUUCUGAGAAUAUUGCUGCAUUUGGCGGCGACAGGUCUAAAAUCACAAUAUUCGGGGAAUCAGCUGGUGGUAGUAGUGUGAUUUAUCAAACUGUUUACCCUGGAAACGAUGGCUUGUUUCAGCGCGCCAUUGCACAGAGUGGUACAAUUGCUGCGUGGGGUGUUAACCGUUUUGAUUCAAAUUACAAGGUGUCCACGGCCUUUGCGAAAUAUGCGGGUUGUAAUUACGUGAGCUCCUCUCUUCUGCUCCAAUGCCUACGAAACAAAUCAUCAGAUCAUAUGAAAACUGUCACAGAAAGUUUCCAGUCUUUUUUGCCUGUGAAUUUGGUUAACAACACAUGGGUCCCUGUUUUUGACGGAGUCUUUGUGGUUACAAAACAAGACCAUCUUCUGAACGAAAUGGCUGAUCCUUUAGUAAAUUCAAAAUUCCCAUCUUUCAAAAAUGUAGAUUUGAUGAUAGGUGCGAAUAAAUUGGAUGGAAAUGUUUUUAUCACAAAUUUUCUGGAGUAUAUCAACGAGUCUUCAUAUGGUCCAUUGACUGAUUACUUUAAUGUGACGUCAGAGCAGUUUGAACAUAUCAUUAUGCCUAUAGCAGCUGCAGUAUCUCUCGGAGAAAUUCCGAAUAAAGCUGUGCUAGAAGCUAUUAGAUUUGAAUACACCGCUUGGGAUGACCGUAACAAUCUAACUCGGCGUUUACAAAAUUUGAUAAAUAUAGCAACCGACUUAAGUCUGAAUGCACCAUCUGUGUCAACAGCAAGAGCGCAUGCAAAUGGAAACACUUCAACGUUUAUGUAUCAAUUUUCAACCGCAUAUGUGAUGGAAUUUCUUCCAAUACCUCCGAUGCUUAAGGACGAAGAAAGUGCCGGACAUGCGGACGAGCUUGGUUUCGUAUUUGGAUUUCCAGCUGCCUUAUUGCUGCCGUUUGGGGCGAAUCCCGCAAAUGUUACUGCAGAACAACAUAAGGUGUCCAAGGCAACAAUGGCGAUGUGGAGUAACUUUGCGAAAACGGGAAAUCCAAACAAACCGAUCAAUUUGGAAGCUAUAUAUAGUAAUCUACACUGGCCUCAGUUCACAACAAUGGCGGAACAAUAUCUCGAAAUCACACCAAACAUGGGGUCACACUCGGCAAAGACUAGACUUGCCGCUAAGGCUGCUCAAUUCUGGAAUGAUUUAGUACCAUCUCUCCAAACACUUGGAUCACAUUAAAUCUUAUAUUCAUAAUUAA